UAUCCAACCCGUUCUCAUCAAUAUGCGUAUAAAUAACACGACUUUACACUUUCAAAUAGCGUGUAAUGUAUACGCCAAAUCCCAUUUUUGCGUGCAUAUGAUACGCCAAUCCUUUCCAUUCACUUUGAUAGAGCGCAAAUGCGUCUCAAUACCACGCAUCCUCUUUAACGGAAUUGACGUCACCAGCAGAGCUCAGUUCACUAAUAGAUGAUUUCACCUGAUGCGCAUCCAUCUUUAAACAGUACAAUGGCAAGUGUUAACAAAAACAAACUCGAAGCUGUUCUUAUGCUUGGGGAUGUAUUUGUUGAAGAGAUACAGAAAUGUAACCGCGAGUCACAUACUCCGAAGCCUGAAGUCACAAGACCUAAAGUGACCUGGUGGAAGAGGGACUGUCAUGGACAACGCGUGACCACCAACAAACGGAGGAAAAAAGAGUCAUCUACUGUUAGUACGUCUCCAUGUGCAAGUUCCUCCAUCACAGCCUCAUGUACUAGCAGCUACCAAUAUUCUGAUUUUAACAUGCAGAGGCUUGAGGACAUUCUGCAGGACUCUGAGAGCAUUGAUGUUGAAAAUCUUGCUCCACAGCCACCAAUGUCCAGUUGGUCUGAAAGGCAGAAAGGGGUCCAACAAUGUUGGCAACAGGCGAGGCCACAAAACCUUGCCAACUUGUUGACAGCUGAGAACAUCGUCCAAAUGACAUGUAAUCACUGUCACAAGAAAGAAGCCAUCAUUCGUUGUGGGGAGUGUUUACCAUCUGAGUGGUUUUGUGCAGAGUGUGAUCAACUGGUACAUAAACGCCACACUCUGCACAGUAGGCAAACCACAAUGUAUGGUUUUUUUAAGUACAUCCCUCCAACAGAGUUUGUGAAACUCCAUGAUGAGAAAUACAUCAUCUGUGAACAAGAUUGUUUGCUGCCAACAUCCUUUCCUCCAAGGAUAUGCUCCUGUGACACUGGUGAUGUUGCAAUCUCUGCUGGUAGAUCCAUCAUACUGGUUUGCAUAAAUGGCCGUUACAAUCUUAAGAUCCCGGAGCUUACAUGCAAACAUUGCAAUAAGCAAUGGGCCCCAGCAGUCAGUGACUUAGUAAGGAGUGGUUACUGGCCCGCUACCAUGCAAGCACAGACACUGUUCCACCGAGAUCUGUUCCAUUCCUUUGAGGCUAUGAAGACAGCAGCUCCAGGAAUGUCAGUAAAAGCCUUCACAGCAAUGUUGGACCAGAGAACGAGGCAAUUUGGAAGAACUGGCAAAGUGAAUGUAGAUGCUUUUCAGAGGAGCUUUCUGCAAUACGUGUACUGCAACUCUGAAAAGAACCAACUUCUGGGAAAGGAGCCAUUUGUCUGUCCAGCCUGUAGCCCUGACAUGGUGGCUGUUUCAGUUGAUGGUAACCGAAAACUCUACAGGUUCCAGAAAACAAACCAGAGUGAAGAGCCAGGAUUCUUUGAUGGAGUGUUUUUAGCCCAGGACUCUGAGGUGUCCAAUUUUGUUGAGGAAGUCCGGGGGGCUGUCAAAAAUAUUGCAGGAAAAGCGAUGUGUGGGGAAUCCCACUGGAGAGCAGCAAGAGAGACAUCAAAGCAGGCCAACAAGUUGGAUGAAGAAGGAGUUGAAAUUGCUGUGUGCAGGCAUGGAUUCUUACUCAAAGGUCUGAACAUGUAUAGAGGAGAAAUAUUUGCGUAUCCAAUGUUUCUCCAAAAUCAGUUCCAGGAUGCUACGUUUUUGGCUAUGGAUGUGACCUGCCGUUAUGUGCCAUAUCUGGAGAAGGUGUCAGAGGCCCUGACUCAUCUUCAGCCUCUUCGGAAAAUGAAACAUUGCUUGUCCGUUAUGCAUGCCAAAGCCCACAAUACAAAAUGCGAGAUUCUGUGGAAUGCGAGGAACCAGGAAGGUGCGGGAACCACUCUUGGUGAAGAAGUAGAGCAAGUAAAUAGUUUUCUUUCCAGAUGUGCUCUGACCACAAAAUAUAUGACCAAGUCAGUGAGAACUGAUAUGCUUACUGUCCAUGCAACUGGGUGGAAUCGGCGUAAAGAGAAUGGCCUCCACAUUGCCUUGUCUUCCAGAUUCAAAAAGACCAUAGAAAAGACUUUGGAUGCAACAGAGAGCCUGAAGAAUAUGAAGGACCAGUUGCAUUGCUCUGAUGACAUGUUAAAACAGUGGGUUGUUGAUGUAAACCAGUGGGCCAGUAGUGGAAAUACAGGAGCCACUCAUGUUGAUGCUCGUGGUUUACAGAUCUCAAUUGAAGCACUCUUUGUCAGCAUUUGUCAGAAGAAACACUAUCUUUAUAGACAAAAUGACGGUGUCAACAUUAUUACUAAGAAGAAGCUCUUUGACCAGCUAAUGCUUGUCUCACGACUGACAGAAGAAAAGGAGAUCCUUGUUAAGGAAAUGAUGCAGCACUGUCAGUACCUUAAAAACUCUGUAGCAAAGGUUCAGUCACUGAUGGCCACUGUUUCAGAGUGCACACAAACAGGAAACUAUCCAAAUGGAUUCACAGAGGAUGGGUGCAAGGGCCUCCUCUCUCUACUCAAGAGAAGACUGCAAGACCUCAGACUCAAACAGCAGACUGUGGCAUGCACAUAUAGAGGCAUUCUUGAAAAAACUCCUAGGCUACUGGAAGAGGAGGAAUUGGAAAUAGAGGAAGAAAUGGACUGGCAAAGUGACCUCAGCUCUGAGGACGAAGACGAUGAAGAAUUGGGGACCCACGUAAAUUGAAUUGGAACUCAAGUCGCAUGUUUGUACUUUGAUAACUUAAAAAGGUUUCUGGAGUUUUGACAGAAGUUCCUGUGUUUUUGUAAAUAAGUUUGUGGUUAGAUUUGUUCCAGCAGACAAAGGAAUUUAAAUUGAAUAAUUUUAUUUAUUUUAAGUUGACAUAUGAAGAGUUUCGUUGCAAAACAAGAUAGCUCUAUUUUAUUUUUUUUUUUUCAGAAAUCUAGUUUUUUGGUUGUGCAUUCCAAUUAAUAUCAAUUCAACUGCAGUUGGUUUGUUUUGAUUUAAACCUUCAUAACUUAAAAAUACAGCUAAGUAGCACCAUAAAACAAAAUAAUAACAUGAUAACAUAAUAAUAAACAUGUUUUGACAAAAAUGUUAAAAACGGAUUUAUCUCGUUUUGCAACGAAACUCUUCAUAUGAUGAAAAUCUAGACUUUUUCCAUGUUUAAGUGCUAUAAUUGCAUCCCCAGUGCUUCUAUCAACUUAGAAAAUGUGAAAAAGAUCAACCCAGUAACUUUUGGUUACUGGUUUUGGUAAACCAUUCUCUGCAAGCAUGUGAAAAAAAUAGGUCAUUGAAAUUUGGCUCUCCUUGUGAUGUCAGUAAGGGAUCUUAUUAAAAUAAUACUGCCCCUUAAUCUGCACUAACCACCGCACUGCCAUUUAGUGCAGAGAUCAUUUGCAUUUUAAAGGACACAACCAAAAACAGCACAAUUUAUACCUACAAAGUGGCAAUUUUAACAUGUUAUAACUAUUUGUGGAGUAAUUUGAGCUAAAGUUCAUAUUUGACAUUUUAAAAAGUCCACUUAAGUUGAAACUGAUUAUAGAAAUAUGCACUUGUUUACUUGGUUUGUUGUCACCAUGCUUUUUAUACUGCUGUAAUUAUCAGUAGCCAUAACCAGAUGUUAUUAUUGUUUCUGUUUUUUAAUUUUAUCUCCACUUUUGGUUAUUUUGAUUGGUAGUCCACGUUGUACACUUUCUCUCACAUGUAGGCCCAUGAAAAUGAUUCUGCAUACCAUUUCUUGUUUUAUUUAAGUUACUGGAAUUGUAAUUGGGCUACACAUGUUUAUAUAUUAUAACUGAUAAUAUCUGUAAAUAAUUGCUUUGUGACAAUACAAAUAUAGAUUUACUAAUAAAAUA